AUAAGUGUGUAUACGUACGUACGUAUGUGCGGUAUCUUUGUAUGUAUACGUACCUAGUCCUUCGGGAAACCCUUUCCCCCCAAUAUCCUAGUUCCAGCUAUGACGACCGACUUAUCUGCUGGUUCAGCUACCACCACUGCUACCACUGCGGAUAUCGGUUUUCCUAACUACAGCAGUUUUUCUGUUGUCUAUGGCGUCGUUGUCGUCCACCCUUUUCCUCGCACAUUCUUCUAUCUGCCCUCCUAAACUUCGCCCGCUGGAGAGAGCCCGACUCGGAUUUAGAGUCGUCGCGAACUUCUCUCUCUGCGUAGAGCUGUAAUAAUAGAAUAAUUGUUUGUUCGUUGCUUGUUAGCUAUCGUUAUUAUUACUAUUAAAGCCCAAGAUGACGAAACAAUGGGAUCAAUACGAGGCCACGAUCAAGGACCUCUACGCCGAGAACACGCUUUCCGUCGUGCGCCAGAUGAUGAUCGAUCAAUACGGAUUCAAAGCCUCCGUCCGAGCAUACAGAGGUCGUCUAAUCCGCUGGGGCGUGCGCAAGUAUAACUGCCGAAAGCGCAGCAGCGCGGGCAUGGGCGUCGGCAACGGCGGUAUGGUUGUUGGCGGCAGCCGCCGCUGCGCCUCGCCGAGCGCUAGUAGCGGGAGUUUCUCGAGCGGGUCCGAUCCCGCGUCUCCUGCCAUCGGAAACGCGACGACUGGUCUUCGCGGUGGCGGUGGGGGGGAUAUGAUGCGGGCUACUCUUGCCCCUCGGGGUGGCGGCGAUGGGGGGAGGAGACUUGGUGGUGGGGGAGAUGGCGGGUACUUGGCUAUGCCUGGCCGGAUGGGCCACCAGCAACAUCAGCAGCAGUACGGCGCGGUUGAUGGACAUCAGGCGCAUUUGUAUAACGGGGAUUGUGCAUACGAUACAAAACCCAAGGUCCUCCUCUCGCCACCGCUAGCGACGCAGCAGUCUAGCAAUAAUAACAGUCUGCAAUACGCAUGGGAUGCAACUGCAUCUCCCUUACACCCGCCGUCUAUGCACAAAAGACUCAGCGACGACGACAAUAAUGGCUAUGCUACUCCUGGUGGGAGUGCUCAACCGCAUCAUACCCACAAGCAUCAUCAACAACAUCACGGAGAAGUGGUUAUGGCGCCACCGACAUAUUUCGGGACUUAUGGCGCUGCUACUUCGUCGAUAGGCGGGAACUCGUACGCCCCACCGCAAAGCAAUGGGUAUGAAGAGGCUGGACAUAGGGGGAGCAAUGGUGGAUUGAUCUACUACGAUUCCUCGCAACGGGCCCGUGAUGGCGGGGGAGGCCAGAUGUCUGCAGAUCUAUCGUAUGCACCCGCAGUUAGGGAUUAUGGGCAUAUGGAUAUAAAGGGUGAGUAGGAAGGCAGCUGAGUAUUGUAGCUUGGAGCGUAAGUGAAACUCGUUGGUGAUAUUUUGCAACUAUGAAGAGGUAUGGGCGGUAUGGUAAAGGGGAUGGUCAAUAUUGAUCGGGUUUUUUUUUCUUUGAGUAUAGGCGCGGUGGUAUCCUGUCUUUCCAAAUUAUG